CGCGGCGCUGCCCGCGGGAGCGGAGGAGGUGGAAGCGGAGGAAGAGGAGGAGGAGGUGGAAGAGGAAGAAGAAGAAGAGGAGCAGGAGGAGGAGAAGAAGGGGGAGGAUGAGCCGCGGCCGUCCCCCCGCCUCCCGCUGCUGCUGACGACGGCGCUCGGUUCAGCCUGCUGCGGGCUCCGCGCCGCGCCGCCGGCCAUGGUGCCCAGCGAGGAGAACCAGCUCGUCCCCAAGGAGGCAGAAUGUGCUGCUGAGGAGCCCAGGGUGCUGUGUAUAAUCCAGGACACCACCAACUCGAGGACGGUGAACGAGCGCGUCACCCUGAACCUGCCCGCCUCCACCCCGCUGCGGCGCCUCUUCGCAGACGUGGCUGCCAAAGUGGGCUACGAGAACGGCUCCUUUGAUCUGGUGUGGGGCAACGGAGACACUGCCACUGCCACGGUAGGGACUGAGCCUGCUGCUCCUCUGGGCUCCAAGCACUUCACAGUGCAGCAAACCUCCUUCUCUGUGCUGGUGAAUUCCUGUGAUGUUUGGUUACAGCACAGCAAACCACCUCCUUCUCUGGUGCUAGUGAAUUCUGUAAUGUUUGGUUACAGCACAGCAAACCUCCUUCUCUGGUGCUAG